UAUUAUGUCUAUAAAUAAAUCUGAUUCUAUUAAUAUGAUUCAGUUGAUGUCGAAUACUACUGGUAAUAGUUGUUAUGAAAAGGAUUCAAUGUCUGAGAUUUUUCACCGUAAAAUAUUCUACAUCUGCAAAUCCUCUUUCACGGAAAGAAUUUUCAGAAUUUAUUACUACAGGAUUUGUAAAGAUGGUUGAAACUGGAGAAGGAAAAGCUAAGCUAAUAUCUGGAACAGCAGUUGCCAAAGAGAUUCGUGAAGGCCUAGCCCGUGAAGUGUCUGAACUGAAAAAUGAGUUCCCUGACUUUAAGCCAGCCAUGGCCAUAGUUCAGGUUGGUGACAGAUCUGACUCCAAUGUCUACAUCAACACCAAGAUUAAGGCGGCCGCCGAAAUAGGCAUUCAAGCCAGCCUUGUCAAACUGCCUAGUACUAUCACUCAGCGAGAGUUGCUAACGAAAUUGAGGAAACUGAAUGAUGAUGUGAACAUUCACGGCAUCAUUGUCCAAAUGCCACUGGACACCGUCAAUAAAAUCGAUUCACAUCUGGUCACCGAUUCAGUUUCGCCUGAGAAGGAUAUUGAUGGGUUGAACACUUUGAAUGAAGGACGAGUGGCGAUUGGAGACUUUUCAGGCUUCAUGCCUUGCACACCCAACGGAGUCAUGGAACUCAUCAAAAGGAGUGGCGUUCAAAUAGCAGGCAGCGAUGCAGUGGUAUUGGGUCGCAGUAAAAUAGUUGGCACGCCUGUGGCAGAAUUGCUGAAAUGGCACAAUGCCACAGUCACCGUCUGCCACUCCAAGACCAAGGACAUUGAGAAGCAUACUUCUCGUGCUGACAUUCUAGUGGUAGGAAUCGGUCAGCCUGAAUUUGUAAAGGGGAGCUGGAUAAGGCCGGGUGCUGUUGUCAUUGAUUGUGGCAUUAAUUCCAUUCCUGACGCAAGCAAGAAGUCUGGCUACCGGCUGGUGGGCGAUGUGGCGUUCGCGGAGGUGGCAGCAGUGGCGGGGGCGGUGACUCCGGUGCCAGGGGGGGUUGGACCCAUGACGGUGGCCAUGCUCAUGCAGAACACAGUGAUUGCCGCCAAAAGAGCCGCCUCCCGUCACUUUGGCGCCGCCUCCACUUGGCAGCAGUUCCAGCCUCUCACACUCAACACCACCACUCCUGUGCCCAGCGAUAUUGAGAUCUCUCGGUCGCAAGAGCCGAAGCAGAUCGGCGAGUUGGCAGCAGAAGUGGGCAUUCUGCCUUCGGAGGUGAUUCCCUACGGAUCGACCAAGGCCAAGGUCAGUCUGUCGGUGCUCGACCGGCUCAAGUCCACAGCCACCGGAAAGUACAUCGUUGUCGCUGGAAUAACGCCAACACCUCUGGGAGAAGGCAAAAGCACUACCACCAUUGGCCUGGUGCAGGCGUUGACCGCUCAUAAGAACAAGAACUCCUUUGCCUGUGUCAGACAGCCUUCGCAGGGACCCACCUUUGGAAUCAAAGGCGGAGCAGCCGGCGGCGGCUACUCGCAGAUUAUCCCGAUGGAGGAGUUGAACCUGCACUUGACGGGCGACCUGCACGCGGUCACCGCCGCAAACAACCUGCUCGCCGCGCAGCUGGACGCGCGCAUCUUCCACGAGCGCACACAGUCGGACGAGGCGCUCUACUCGCGGCUGGUGCCGCGCGGCAAGGACGGCCGCCACUUCACCAGUGUCCAGCUCCGGCGACUGCAGCGCCUCGGCAUCGCCAAGACCGAUCCGGACUCGUUGACGCCUGAAGAGUACGGCCGGUUUGCCAGGCUCGACAUCGAUCCCGACACCAUUUCCUGGACUAGAGUGAUGGACGUGAACGACCGUUUUCUGCGUAAGAUCACGAUCGGCAAGUCGCCGACUGAGAAGAACCAGACGCGCGACACAAGCUUCAGCAUCACGGUGGCCAGUGAGAUCAUGGCCAUUCUGGCGCUGGCCACGGAUGUCUCCGACAUGAAGCAGCGGUUGGCCAGCAUGGUUGUCGCCAUGGACACCAAAGGCAAUCCCGUCACUGCUGACGAUCUGGCAAUGACAGGUGCGAUGACAGUGCUGCUGAAGGAUGCAAUUCAGCCGACCCUGAUGCAGACGGUGGAGGGGACGCCGGUGUUCGUGCAUGCGGGUCCGUUCGCCAACAUCGCACACGGAUGCUCGUCCAUCAUCGCCGACGCCAUCGCUCUCAAGCUGGUUGGCCAAGACGGCUAUGUCGCCACCGAGGCUGGAUUCGGAUCUGAUAUCGGCAUGGAGAAGUUCUUCAACAUCAAGUGUCGUGCGUCAGGCCUGGUUCCCGACGCCAUUGUGCUGGUGGCAACCAUUCGCGCCCUCAAAAUGCACGGAGGCGGACCUGCUGUCACCGCCGGACAGUCUUUGAGCAAGGAGUACACACAGGAAAAUGUGGAGCUGGUAAAAGCUGGAGUUGCCAACUUGGUGAAACACAUCAGUAAUGGACAGAAAUUCGGAGUUCCUCUGGUCGUUGCUAUCAAUAAAUUCGAGACUGACACAGAGGCGGAGAUAGAGUUGGUGCGUAGCAUGUGCGUGACUGCGGGUGCGGAGGCUGUCGUGGUGUGCAGCCACUGGGCAGAGGGUGGAAGGGGGGCCGGAGAUCUUGCUGACGCCGUCAUUAAGGCCUGUGAACAACCUAAAUCCUUCAGAUUCCUGUACGAUUUGAAUUCAUCAAUUGAGGAAAAAAUUAGAACUAUUUCGGCUGAAAUGUAUGGAGCUAGUUCGGUUGAAUUCACUCCAAUUGUACGACAGCGUAUGCAAGAGUAUGAGAAGAAGGGCUUUGGUAAACUGCCAGUGUGCAUGUCGAAGACAGCGCUGUCGCUGAGCGGAGACCCGGCGCUGAAGGGAGUCCCCACCAACUUCGCCAUCAACGUGUCGGACAUCUACCUAUCGGCCGGCGCCGGAUUCGUUGUCGCUAUGGUUGGCGAGAUUACGAAAAUGCCAGGCUUACCCACCCGUCCAUGUAUCUACAACAUCGACUAUAAUACUGAAAAAGAUGAAAUUGAAGGCCUAUUUUAAUUAAAUUGUACCUACCGGGUACAUACCGGGAAUGCCAUAUUUUUAGGUUUAAGAUAUUUUUUAUUAUUGAAAACAUGUUCUCAUUGUUAUUUUAGUUUGUUGCAAUUUUUGCAAUAUUAAACAAAACAUUCCACAUCACCUAAGAAAGAACAAGCCAAUAUUAUAGGUAUACGUUUAUUAUUUUUUAUUUAUAUAACUAUUCAAACUUCUUCUUUCUCUCUGCCCCGCUUGUGCCUCACAGCGUCGGGGUAGCCUCGGACCACCGCCUCCAGUUGUCCCGAUCCACAGCCAGCCUCCGCAUCUGCCCCACCGUCUUUCCUCUCUCCUCUCCCAAUCUUCUAAUGUGCUCUUCAUACGAGUACCUGGGCCGUCCUCUCUUCCUCCCACCACUCACAACCACAUUUGCAUAUUGUUUGGCUUUCCGUUCAUCAUCCAUCCUCUGUAUAUGACCCCACCAUCCUAAUUGUCUCUUAUCUAUAACUUCUUUUAUAUCCUUCAUUCCAUUUUCCUCCCUGAUCCGUUCACUUCUUAUUCUAUCUCUCAACGUUCUUCCCGCCGUUAUUCUGUGGCACUUCAUUGCAACUGCCCUAAUUCUGCUCAUUUGCUGUGAUUUUAAGGGCCAACUUUCCACUCCAUAUAAAACUAUAGGCUCUAUGAUGCUUCUGUAUACUCUAUUCUUCACUGUGGUACUCACUUCUUUCCAAAAAUACAUUCUCUUGUACCAUAGAAAGUCCGACUAGCUUUAGAGUUUCUAUUUCUUAUUUCUUUAUCCAAUUUUCUAUCUUCAUUGAUGACUGUUCCCAGAUACUUAUAUUCAAUUCCAUUCCUUUCCUCUUUAUUUCCUCAUUCCACUCAGUUACAGCUUCUUUCAAUUUUCUUUGUGAGUCUGCAAUCAGCACUAUGUCAUCAGCAAACAACCUGGCUUGAACCAAGAUUGGCCCACCAUUGUUCUUUCUGUCCUCCGCUUGCAAAUCGUAUGUAAUUAUCCAAACAAAUGAUUUAUUUUUACAUUUUCUGUAAUAAUUUAUCUGUGAACUUCGUUAUCAGGGUUCACUCAGUAUCUUAUAAUUAUUAUUGUUUUAGCUCUAUUUUGUUCUAGUAUGACAGCUCUAAACUUACUUGAUAUUACUAACUUGUUCUUAAACAUUCAUUGUUCAAUUGGUUUCUUUCCUAGUGUUUUAGUUACUCUCAUGAUUGCAACUAUUUUUUUGUAUUGUAGACUAUUGCACUGCCUCAAAGAUGCAGAAAUCAGUUAUUUUAAGAAAACAUUUAGGCUGUUGAAAAAAUCAUGUUUAUCAAUCAAAGGGUAUAUAAUUAUAUAUAAUAUUACCAAUUAGUUGAUAUUUUAAAAUAUUACUAUUGUAUUAGAAUAACAACUGUAUUUUAUAUUAUUUUUAUAUCAAUAAAGAUGGAAUUGAUUAUAA